CGAAAUGUGCGCACCUUGUAAUGAGCCCUAGUUUGUGUGAUCCUCAGAUGGCGGGUGAGAAGGCGCCCGCGGAGAAGAAGCCGGCCAAGAAGAAGGCAGGAGAGAAGAAGCCGGAGCAGAAGCCGAUCCAAAAGGCAGCCGGGGACAAGAAGAAGAGGGUGAAGAAGUACCAUGCCAGCAGGAACCCCGUCCUGGCCCGCGGCAUCGGGAGGUAUUCCCGCUCUGCCAUGUAUGCCAGGAAAGCCCUGUACAAGCGCAAGUACACGGCUCCAGAGACAAAGAUAGAAAAGAAGAAGAAGGAGAGGCCCCGUGCCACCAUCACCAAGCCAGUGGGCGGAGACAAGAACGGAGGCAGCCGGGUGGUUAAAAUCCGGAAAAUGCCCAGGUACUACCCCACGGAGGACGUGCCCCGCAAGCUGCUGAGCCACGGCAAGAAGCCGUUCUGUGAGCACAAGCGGCGGCUCCGCGCCUCCAUCACCCCGGGCACGGUGCUCAUCCUGCUCACCGGGCGGCACCGCGGCAAGCGUGUUGUCUUCUUGAAGCAGCUGGACACUGGCCUUCUGCUGGUUACAGGCCCCCUGGUUGUCAACCGUGUCCCCCUGCGUAGGGCCCACCAGAAGUUUGUUAUUGCCACAUCUACAAAGGUUGAUCUCACUGGAGUGAAAAUUCCCAAACAUCUCACUGACUCCUACUUCAAGAAGAAGAGGCUGCGGAAGCCCAAGCACCAGGAGGGCGAGAUCUUUGACACUGAAAAAGAAAAAUACGAGCUGACGGAGCAGCGCAAGGCAGACCAGAAGGCCGUGGAUUCCCAGAUCCUGGCCCGGAUCAAGAAGGUGCCUCAGCUCCGUGGGUACCUGCGCUCCACCUUCUGCCUCUCAAACGGAGUCUAUCCUCACAAAUUGGUGUUCUAGGCCUUCUGAAAGCACCACAUUAAAUUCCAAGGGAAAAAAACCAAGGA